AUGCCGGAGAUGUCCAUGGCCAGGGCGAGGGAGACGAGCGCCGUAGACGUGCCCGAUCAGGCUGAGCGACGCGAGCUUGACCUUUGCAAGCGGGAGGAAGAGGAUCGCCAGCGCAAUGGCCGUCCGGAGGACGAGGCGCGGGCCUUUGCUCGGUCGUGGGUUCUGCAGCCGCUUGUGCACGUGGCAGUACGAGAGGAGGGUCAUGGUCAUGAACGCAGAUGCUAUGCCGGAGCAGUAGUACCACCGGAGACCCUGGUCGAGCUCGCCGACGGAUUUGACCUGGUAUGUCUCGCCCAAGUCUUCGAUGUUGGCAUUGGCGCAGUCGUGCCCGAUGACGAGUUUGGCGAGCGCGGCGGCGGCGAGGACGUACGACAACACGAACGGCAGGUGGCAGGUGCUCCAGACGGUGCUGGCCAGCCAGUGCCGACGGAUGGCGUGCACACCAUGGUGGUCGAUCUCGAAGUACAUUCAUUGGAAGGCGAAGGCUUGGAUGAGCCCCAGGAUGCCCUUGCCUAG